AUGGCCAGCAAUAUAUCCAUCUCACCUUUCAUUUUCCAACGGUGUUUCCAGCAAGCAUGGUCCGGGUCGCGGCGAGCUCGCGUCAAUCCCGGAAACACCAAAUAUGGAAAUGAUGAAAAUACCUUACAGCUUCCGCGAAGGUUUGGAAUCGCCGUCAGUGGCGGCGCCGAUUCCAUGGCCUUGGCAUAUCUAUGCAAGCAGCUCGAACGUUCAUCUGAAUUUGCUGGGGCCAUUUCUGUCACCGCAUUUGUAGUAGACCAUCGUGCUCGCCCAGAAAGCACCGAUGAAGCUCAAAGGGUCGCUGGUUGGCUUCGCGAUAUGGACAUUAAGACCCAAAUUCUGAGCUUAGACUGGUCCAGGUCUACUUCAGAGCAAGAUAGUCUCUCUGCGCUGAAACCAGGUGAAUUGGUGCCCAUGCCAUCCGCAUUUGAGACCCAUGCGCGACGGCUCCGUUUCCAAGCCCUCGGCAUAGCCUGUCAUGAGUUCAAGCUGGAGACACUUCUGCUGGGUCAUCAUCAAGAUGACAAUGUUGAAACGACUAUUUGGCGCCUUUCGGCCGGAGCAAAGGGAUUAGGGCUUGGUGGCAUCCCCGAAGUCGCUAGAAUCCCCGAAUGCCAUGGUCUAUUCGGGGCAUCUGAGAGUUGGUCGACUACAUCGAUCCCUAUAAGACCUGCCUCCAUGCCCCAACCUAGGGUCCGAUUCAAUGAUCGCAAUCACGGGUUAAUCACGCUUCCUGACUGGGACACGGAAUCCAUCAAACACCCAAAUGGCAUCAGCUCUGAUCUCACAUCCCAUAUAAAAAUCGCAAGCCCGGGCAUAUUCCUUUGCCGGCCUCUGCUCAAUUUUACCAAAGCGAGCAUAUUGGAAACCUGCCACAAAAACAAAAUCCCUUACGUUUCCGAUCCAACCAACUUCGACCCAACUCUCACUCCUCGCAACGUCAUCCGCAGCCUCCGCACCUCAAAAUCCCUACCCCGCGCCCUAGAAUCGCAGUCUAUCCUCUCCCUAAUUCGCUCAAGUCGGGAUCUUCUCCACAGAUCGAACGAGCUCUCCGACUCCCUUCUCUCUUCCCAAUGUCGAAUGCUCGACUUCAACCCGAAAGCAGGAUCAGCCGUCAUUCAAUUCCUAGAACCCAGCCCUGAAUCCAUGGACCCCCAGCUUGCUACGUUAUCUGCCUCUCAAAUCAAACAGAUCCAAACCCUUGUCCUCCGGCGCAUCACAGAGCUGGUCUCCCCUUUCCCGGACAGCCAGUUCUCGCUGCGCAGUUACGAACAAUUUAUUCACAAUAUGUUCUCUGAUCCAGAGGAUGACUCUUUGGUAAAGAAAUCGCAUGAUCCAGAUCAACAUAUUCGCCCAAGACAAUCUUUCACGCUAGCAGGUGUCAUCUUCCAACGUCUCGCCAAUGAAACCACCACAUCGAUCCACGACGGAGGAGAAAAAGACCGCCGAUCCCGUGGCGACAAUAUCUGGCUACUAUCCCGGCAGCCAUUCAUGAAAGACCGGGACCCCGUGACACAAGUCAAUGUCUCUCCCAGAGGCAACUUCACCCCAUGGACCUUAUGGGAUAACCGGUACUGGAUGCGGCUGCGACUCGUUCCCAGCGAUCCAGAGUAUGACCCGUGUGAAUUGGAGACCAAAUUGACUCAAGUGCCUCUCACAAUACGUCCGUUCCAUAAAUUGGAUGUGGAGAGGGUGCGCCGAGAUACGAUGAACUCCAGGCCGCAGGGGACGAAGAAAACGAAGAAGAAUUCCGAAAUUGAGCGGGAUACGCCUGGGACUUUUGAGAAUUUGAAGGCCGUUCUGUCUGCUGAGGCGCCUUCGCAGGUGCGCUUCACUCUCCCUGUUGUGUCGAGGGAAGGUAUCAACUCCAGGCCUGGGAAGCCCUUGGAUCAGAAAGUUAAACAGCAGCUUGCUUUGCCGACGCUGUAUUAUCGUUUAUCUGGCCACUCGGCUGAAUAUUCCUCUGAAAGUGAAGUGGAGCUGGUACAUCUACGCUGGCGUUGGAAACUCAAGUGGCAGUGGAUGUAUAAAAUGAUUGACACUGAGGCGCUACGCCUGAUGGGCUGGCCGUCUGGUAGAGAUACGGAGGACACUUAG